CUCAAAGCUACAUCCGAAAUCUCUGGGAUACAUUUUCUGUGUUUUGGGGGUAAAAGAUGGAAAUAACCAAGACAUCUGGGAUGAGGAACGCCGUUCUUGUGCUCUUACUGGCUGUUCUUCAGGGAUUUCGACAAGUAGACGCUCUUCCAAACCCAUCACCUCUCCUGGGAUCCAACUGGGGGAAUCCGAGAAGAUACGUACACCUGCAGACGUCUUCAGACGUGAACAAUUUCUACCUUGAGAUCAGUUUAAAUGGCCACGUGAGCAAAACUACACUUCGAAGCUCAUACAGUGUGAUGUUAUUGAAGGCGGAAACAAGAGAGCGCGUGGCGAUACUUGGAGUCAAAAGUAACCGCUACCUGUGCAUGGAUGCCCUGGGAAACCCUUUCAGCUCUACUGUUUGCCUCAAGGAAGACUGCCUUUUUAACCACAAGCUAUUGGAAAACCACCGCAACGUGUACUACUCUUGUAGAACUGGUAUUCUGCUCAACUUGGAAGGGAUAAAGCAAGUGUACACAGUGGGUCAGAAUCUACCGCAAACCUCCCUCUUCCUGUCGGAGAAGAACACCGUGCCGCUGGAGCGCCUCUUGCAUCGGGAGAAGAGGAACCGGGCGGUUGACCCUUCUGAUCCGUACAACAUGCUGGGUCAAACGGAGGAGGACUCCCGGGCAAUGCCGCAAAUGGAUGACACCUUGGAGGUGGACCAGGAGGCUGAACUCCCCGAGGGACGCAACAUCUCCCGGGAGACCCCUCAGUCUCCCUCCGACGACCCGUGGAACGUGCAUUCCCUAAACCCCCCUCCCAGCCCCCGUAUCAUGAAUGGAAUGAUGGGAUAAGAAGACAGGACACCCGCAGUUGUAUACUUCGGUUUAUCAAUGUAAGCUGUAUGUAUGCGUUCACGUUGGGUCUUUUCCAGCAGUUCUGCAAACAACCCUCAAAGUUUUAUACAGAUAUUAUUAGGGCAUAUUGGUAAUUUAUAUGUAGUCAUAAUAUGAAAUAUGUAGCCAAAAAAAUACCACAUGGGAACAUUUUAUUUCGGCCAUUCUUCACUAUAGCACAGUGAGUAACUAUUGGUUUCCGUGAUUGUUGAUUCCAGGACGCAAAUUCUGUAUUCUGUAUUUGAUUGCGCUCUGUUUACGGGGAGGAUUCUUAUGAGAAUCAUGCUGAAAUCCGAAAUAAUUGUGAGUCUUUUUUGGAGAAAAAAAAAGUUGAGCUGAAGUCACUUUAUUAAAUGUUAUAUAAUGCAAGAAGACUGCAAGAAAAUACCAUUGAUAUGAAACUUAAACAUAUUCCAUCUAAAAUGAGCCCUACUAUAAUGUUGAAUAUGCCAGUAGGCAUGCAUGUUAUAAUGCAUGUUCUUCAAGUGAGACGUUUAAUUUUAAACGGAAAUGAAUGGUUCACUCUACAGGGUACCAGAACGAAUAUAAACCACAUGUUAUAAAUGCUGGCCACCAAAAGCAAGCAACAAAGCCAAUUCCAUUAAAGUUUUAAGAAUUUAUUUAUUUAAAUCCAUUUAUUGUUAUUUAUUGUAUACUAUUUAUAUGGAUGCUUAGCUGUUAAAGAGUUAUUUUGAAAACCUGUAAGUUAUGAGGAGACUAUGUGUGUGGGGGCUAGUGACAUUUAUCUUGAAUAUUUUUUAUUAUGUUGAAGAAAAUAGGACUUUUUCCAAUUAAUGAAUUUAUAUUCUAUUUUAGAUCAAUAUUUUAGAACUUCAGGAUGAAGAACUGUAUACUCACAACCACUUCAUCCUAGAAUUAUAUGUAUGAUGCAAUCAUAUAAGUACAGGCUAAAUGUGUGAGGAAGCUCUGUGUCACAUUAAGUGCGUAAGCAGGUUGACCAUUGACUCAUUCACUUUGAGCUUCCAGUCAUUAAGGUUGCGUGUCCCACGCUUCCGCAUCUCAUUAUGGAGAAAAUUGGCAUAUCUUAGAUCCUGCCAAACCAUCUUCUAAAAAUAAACAUUUCCACAUUCUAUUUUUGUUUCAAUCUCACUAAGUAACAUGUUGGAGGUGUUUUAGUCAAAGGAACACAUGACGGUGACCACUAACCUUUGUCCUGUUUCACUUUGAGGUUAAACCAAAUUGACCUGGCUGUUACAUCUGAGAGGAGCCUUAACAAUCGGUGGCGGUCAUGAGUGAAGGCACAUUUUUGGGGGGGAUUGAUAUACUGUAGAUAUUUUUCAAUAUUUUUGAGGCAGUUUAUUCAAAUGUUGCAAUAUUCCUUCAAAGGAAGAACUGUAAUAACACUCAAGUUGAAUAAGAUUUAAGCAAACCCACCCAUUCAUGUUGAAGGAUCAGAUUUAGUACAGAUGUUUAUGCUGCCACUGGUGCCUUCGGAACAUUACUCAUGGUUGUCUCUGGAACAAUCUAGACACAGGUCAGUAGCUGUCGCAUAAUUUUCAAUUGCCCCAGUUCUUUUGAUCUGUCACGCUCAGCUUGAACACUGAAACAAAGUGAAUUAUAUCAUGUUUAAAACGUGAGAAAGUUCGCAACUCAGAAGUGGCCCCUCAGGUGAUUAAACCUGAUAUUUCCCAACCUGCAAACAUCCACUGGUUCAAAUCCUGCUUUGCAUAAAGAAACUACAAUACUUGCACACUCUAUUGCCUCUUAUGCAACCUUUAGUGACAAUUACAUUUGUGCAAGAUCAGAGGAAGCUUGUGACCAUUUAUGAACACUUGAGAUACAUGGCCAUUGAACAUGUUAAACACCAAUAUUGAAGCCUUUUAUUGGCAAUACAAUACCAAACAAUACUGUAACGCUGUACUGCUUGUAUAUGAAAAUGAC